AAUUCCUUCAUCAUUACGGAGGUUUUUGUGGUUUCUGAAACGAAAGAACCAAAAUUGUAAAUGUCGCACUCGAAUUGACUCAUGAUUAUGAGUGCACUGCAAAACUGAAAAAUUAACGCUUAGUUAUUUGACCUUUCCUGUAAGUCAUAUAACCACAAAAGGGAAGUAAUCUUCCUUUAUUGACCGCAAAAAGUACUUUUUUAUGAGUGGGAAGAUUCUCAUUUUGAUUGCAAACCCGUACAAGUGCUCAUGUUAUCCUUAAAAAGUAAGCUCAAAAGUAGCAUAUUUUUUUCGUGCAAAUUCAGUUGUAUGUUGUAUAGUUGUCUCUUUUAAAACAAAUGAUUUGUUUUCAACAAAAUCAUUUCCGUACCAGUUCAAUAAUCAAAUUUUAAAAUUUUAUGGAUUUCAACUUCAGACUUCUUAACAAACUUUGGUUACUCACGCGACGCAAUUUAAUAUUGACGAGGAUUAAUUUUUAGAGGAAACGCGUCCUUGUGGUUAGGAAACAUCACUCAACUUCCCCCAACAAAUAUUUCACCGCAAAUUUGAUAACCUUGCGAUACGUCAUGUAGCUAGCUGAACUCUCUAGAUUAAUCCUCACGUCCUCGUAUCGCAUUCUUAUAUUUUGCGAGGAAGAGCCGACGGCACAGGCAGCAAAAUGAAACUGCUUUUUUUAUUUGCCGUGCAAAUAUUUUAUGGCGUUAAAAGUAAUCAACUGAUUUUGCAAAAGUGUUGUCCGCAACAAUUUGCGUUCGAUCGUCAAACGGAAAAGUGCGAGUAUGCUGGAAAUAACUUAGGCCUAGACUGGAUACCAAAUCAAGUGAAAAAACAGAAAAUAUUAAAUAAUAGAGCUUUCCGACUUUCCGUGCCAUUGCUUGAAGAGUUUGAUUUUCGUUUUAGUCCAUGCCCGUAUUUCUUAGAAGGAAACAAAAAGCCUUUUUACGUGUCUUCGAGCACCUAUGUGCAACUACAACCCAUACAGAGUGCAAGUUUAUUCGCUAACAACCAAUCAUACGACCAAUGGUGCUUUGAAAAAGUGCGUGGAAAGCAAAAUUUAGGCGAGCAAUGGGUGGUACUGUCUUGUACAUGUUUGCACGAGAUCUGCAUUCCCAGAUGCUGUAAAGGAGGCCACGUGCAUUCUAAUAAGCAUAAGGCAUCAGUAAUGGCAUUUCAAAAUAUGUGCGCGGACGAGGUCGCGUCUGACUGGGAUCCGGCGACAGCCGCAGACCUAGCUCUGUCAAAGGACAACCAAAAACCUUGGUUAAUCCGUGCAGUGACAGUAGAAGAGUAUAAGGUGAACUGCAUUCACUCGGGGCGCAAUAACUACAGCAUAACAAGAAGGUCAAAAGAACUCCGGAAUUUUGAAAUUGAUGCAGUUGGAAAUUUAAAAUCGGAAAGGUACUUUGCAAAUCGAUGGACCUACUGCCUUACCGAAGCUGACGUGCACGGAACAAUAAUGACUGUUGCUCUCUUGUGUGAUACCACCGAAUUCGCAAUUUCUUUUGACGACGCGUACACACAGAGUAUAUUAGCCGGCGUCGGUGCAGCGUUUACGCUGCUAACCCUGUUCAUCCACGUGAUGGUGAAGGAUUUGCGCCAUGGUAUCAAAGGUGUCAGUUUAAUUGCUCACUGUGCCUGUGUGCUUGGCGCCUACCUCACCAUGGCCUUACGCCCGUUGGUCUGGGCAGACGAAAGUGACGCUUGCACAUUGCUAGGUGUAUUCACACAUUUCUUUCUCCUGUCAGCAUUUUACUGGCUCAAUGUGAGAGCAAUUAUCAUUUACGCAACGUUCAGGUCUUGGAAUUCAGUUUUGAGUGGACUUUCUAUGAAGACGCGCAGUUUUCCAGCGUAUGCUCUGUACGCACUUGGCGUGCCGGUUUUCAUAUCCGGCUUUAUGGCCUGGGUUCAGUUCACUGACGAAGAUGAUCUUCCUUAUUGGAUUGUGUGGCCAGACCUUGAUGAGGCUGCUUGCUGGUUUAGAUCUCCACUGGGUCGAGCUGUCUACUUUUCCUUACCCAUGGGAAUAGUUCUGAUUUUGAAUAUUUGUCUCUUCGUCAUUACGUUGAUUAAGAUCUUAGCAUUCAAGAAAGAGAACGCAAACAUUCUGAAGUCGAAACACAGCACCAACACCAUCAAGGAAUCUCUUCAAUUUGACAUGGAGAAGAUGAAGCUAUUCGCAAAGCUAUCGCUUCUCAUGGGCUUGACGUACGUGUCCGAAUUUGUGUCUUGGAUUAAUUACAUUUCAUCGUACUACUGGUACGCUUCAAACGUGGCAAUAGCUUUUCGAGCUGUUUUAAUUUUCGUCGUAUUCUGCUGCAACCGAAAGGUUUGGAGUUCCUUAGGCGAGCAAUAUCCUGCAGCGAAGAGACUUUAUGGGCGCACUGCUAGUAGAUUUAGGAGCUGUAAAUGCUGUAACAAAAGGAAAUUUCAGACUCAAAAGCUUGAUGAGAUUGAGAGUUCGUCUAAGUUAACUAGCGUAAGUGGUGUUAAAUCCACCGGUAGCGGUGAAAGUUUGGAAAUGAUUCGAUUGACCUGAAUAUAAUUAUUGUUUUAGAUAAAUUUACGAUUUACAGUUUUUUAUUAAAUGUGAAAAGCA